GAAUGGCCAGUGGUCAGCAGUCUCUUCCUCUUCCACAUCGACGUGUCGUGUCAGCCAAAAGAAAGUCGAAAUAAAAUAUUGAAUUGGAGCUGCCCCUUUGCGAGUAGGCCCAACAAAAUUCAGAAGCUGCCAGUCGUCCGUACGCCAACCCACACACAACCACCACCGGCAAGAUGGUUCUCGCAGAUUUGGGUCGCAAGAUAACCACGGCGCUGCACUCGCUCAGCAAGGCGACCGUAAUCAAUGAGGAGGCACUGAAUUCCAUGCUUAAGGAGAUCUGCGCGGCGCUCCUGGAGGCUGAUGUGAAUAUCCGUCUGGUGAAGCAGCUGCGCGAGAAUGUGCGUGCCGUCAUUGAUUUCGAUGAGAUGGCCGGUGGCCUGAACAAGAGGCGAAUGAUCCAGUCGGCUGUGUUCAAGGAGCUCGUCAAACUGGUCGAUCCCGGCGUGAAACCCUACCAACCCAUCAAGGGCAAGGCCAAUGUGGUCAUGUUUGUGGGUCUUCAGGGCUCCGGUAAGACCACCACCUGUACCAAGCUGGCCUAUCACUACCAGAAGCGCAACUGGAAGUCGUGUCUCGUGUGCGCGGAUACCUUCCGUGCUGGCGCCUACGAUCAGGUCAAGCAGAACGCCACCAAGGCGCGCAUUCCGUUCUUCGGCAGCUACACGGAAAUCGAUCCCGUGGUCAUUGCCCAGGACGGUGUGGAUAUGUUCAAACGUGAGGGUUUCGAGAUGAUCAUCGUGGACACCUCGGGUCGGCACAAGCAGGAGGAAUCGCUGUUCGAGGAGAUGUUGGCAGUGUCGAAUGCCGUCAGUCCCGACAACAUCAUCUUCGUGAUGGACGCCACCAUCGGACAGGCUUGCGAGGCUCAAGCGAAAGCUUUCAAAGACAAGGUGGACAUCGGUUCGGUGAUCAUAACCAAGUUGGAUGGCCACGCCAAGGGAGGCGGUGCUCUGUCCGCAGUGGCAGCCACACAGUCGCCCAUCAUCUUCAUCGGCACGGGCGAGCACAUCGACGAUCUGGAGCCCUUCAAGACGAAACCCUUUGUGAGCAAACUGCUUGGAAUGGGUGACAUCGAAGGACUGCUAGAUAAGGUAAACGAGCUGAAGCUGGACGGAAACGAUGAGCUGUUAGAAAAGAUCAAGCACGGCCACUUCACCAUCCGCGACAUGUACGAGCAGUUCCAGAACAUCAUGAAGAUGGGCCCCUUCUCGCAGUUCAUGAACAUGAUACCCGGCUUCUCGCAGGACUUUAUGACCAAGGGCGGCGAGCAGGAGUCGAUGGCGCGCGUCAAGCGCAUGAUGACGAUGAUGGACAGUAUGUCGGACAACGAACUGGACAAUCGCGACGGAGCAAAGCUCUUCAGCAAGCAGCCGAACCGCUGCGUUCGUGUGGCCCAGGGAGCUGGUGUCAUGGAGCGCGAGGUCAAGGAACUGAUUGCACACUAUACGAAAUUUUCGGCGGUAGUAAAGAAGAUGGGCGGCGUCAAGGGACUGUUCAAGCAGGGCGACAUGACCAAGAAUGUGAAUCCAACACAGAUGGCCAAGCUUAACCAGCAGAUAGCCAAGAUGAUCGAUCCCCGGAUGCUGCAACAGAUGGGCGGCGUUGGUGGUAUCCAGAACAUGAUGAGGCAACUACAGCAGGGAGCGGCGGGCGGUUUGGGUGGCCUGGGGAACCUGAUGAGCGGCUUUGGUGGCAAGUGAGCAGGUGGCGUGUAAAUUUAACGAUUUUUAUAUGAUUUUGUUUUCGCGUAGUUCGUAAUUUGUUAGCCAUUUGUUUCCAUUUGUCCAAGGCCACAAAAAUUGAUAUGCGAUGUGGAAGCGAAUAUAGCGUAUAUAGCCUAUAUAGCCCAUAUAGAUGUGCAAACAGUUAACAAUUCGGUUUUUGUACGGCUUGGCAGCCACAGUGUCAGUUUUUAUAGUUUAAACAGUUUUCUGUACACGAACUAAUGGAAUUAGCAUGCCUAUCAGAAUACCAGUAAGGCAGUUGAACUAGAUAUAAACAAUAAAUAAAUAAUAUAUGAACUUGG